CUUCGCGUAAACACCAGAGCGCCCGCAGGUUUAGCUGGCCAGCAGUCUGCCGGGUGCAAUUUGUGCGACUGACUGAAGAGUCUAAGUGAACUUUCAUUGAAUUUUUAAAAAUGGUGAAAUCUCAGUUCAGUCUUAUUGCCUUACUGGCGACACUCUCUGUGCCGUUCGUUUUUGUGGAAAGGGUGGCUGCCGUAGACCUUGCAAGAGGAUUUGGAGAUACAAUUCACUGGCGGACUCUAGAUGAUGGGAAAAAAGAGGCAGAGGCCAGUGGCCUGCCUUUAAUGCUGAUCAUUCACAAGUCUUGGUGUGGAGCUUGUAAAGCCUUAAAGCCAAAGUUUGCAGAAUCUCAGGAAAUCUCUGAACUGGCCCACAAUUUUGUUAUGGUAAAUCUAGAGGAUGAAGAAGAACCUAAAGAUGAGGAAUUCAGUCCAGAUGGUGGCUACAUUCCUAGAAUUCUUUUCUUAGAUCCCGCUGGAAAAGUUCACCCUGAAAUCACAAACAAGAACGGAAACCCAAAUUACAAGUAUUUCUACAGUAAUCCAGAGCAAGUUACUGCUGCAAUGAAAGAGGCCCAGGAGAAGCUAACUGGAGAUGCCUAUAGACUGCAUCACCCAGUUGAUGAACUCUGAAUUCUGAAAGCCUUGUGCAGCAGUUUGGCUCCAAGAAAAGUAAAUGAGAAGUACAGAUGCCAGAAACCAUAAUUACACUUGGAUUUCCUCCAAACCCUGAACAUUAGCCUGUUGUAAACAUGGUUACUGUCAAAAAUCAAAGUGUGCAAUUAGAGCAAAUUAGGAAAACCAAAUAUUUAACCUGUGUACACAACAUGUUUCUCAACAUCCUUAAGUAAUUUCUAAAGUGAUGAUUAAAUGUUAUAAAGACAUUUUUUCACCACUACAAAAGAUGGCAAUAAAUUGAAAUUUUUAUAUACUGUAUUCUUAAAAUUGGAACCUACAAUAACUUCACCUUUUCAGUGUUUCCAUAUAUGUUGGCUGUGGGUGAGGUGCUAGACUUCUAUCUUUUUUUGGCAGAUUGUGUUUGUUGAAAGAAGUUAAUUGUUUUAUUCUGUACUCGCCUGGUGCUACAGCUAUUGAUUAAUGUCAUGGUUUCAGCUAUUAACUGAACCUCGGGACACCACUGGUGGAAACUCCUGUCCCCAAACUGCUGUAGGAUGUCUGCCUCACUGCUAGUUAACAACAUAUCAUAUGCACUCAAGGGAGACAUUUUCAACAAACUUCAGAGCAAUUAAUGUUUUGAAACCAUUAAGGGAAGUACUGUUUGUUUAGUAGGACUUUUAGACUUUUGUAAGAAGGAUACUUUUUCUUUCUUUAAUUAUUCCGUGUUGAAUUUGUGUGAAAUGCUGUCUAAAAUUGUUAAACACUCUAAGGUUCUGAUCGUUUUUCAGUCUUCACCAUUGGAACAUGGAGUCUUUUAAGCAUUCUGUGUUACCUUAGUUGUCGAGUCCUUUAAUUUCUUUAAGUCUAAGUAAGUGGAGAAUUCGUAUUGUAAAAUCAUUUUGAGUUUGUUUUUUAUAAUAAUAACAGAAUUGUGACAUUAUCACACAUUCAAAAUAAAAGGACUACUGUACUUGUGCUAUUAGCAUUUGCAAGGAGAAAGAGUUUUCAUAUUGACACUAAGUUAGCAUUGCCUUGUAGCAGGCUCUGUUACGAUGGGGUAAACUGUUGGAUGUACUGCUGUAGGAUCGCAUGUUAAGUAUUUCUACAGUAUCUAAAGCUGGAAUUGGAUAUGUUGUGCAUGUAGCUAUACAAAAUUAUAACUCGAGCCAUUUACAUGCAAGAUAUUAAACAGUUAAGAGGUAAGUAGAAACAGAGUCUAACAAACACAAAUGUGCUACUGGAACUCUGGCCUGAAAAGGGCUCAUCAGCUACUCUCCAGUUAUUGCUUUCCAGUGAUUUGGUCGUCUGCUAUUGCCUGGGGACGGACUCUCUGACUCGUACAACAUACUGUGCAGCUGAGAACUCAGUUUUUGUGUUUUCCUGGACAUAUUGAUAUUUUAAAGGAGUUGUUUCCAGUUGCUAACCAACUUUGAAGCAUUCCAAUCACUCCCCUUUAGUGCUAAAUCUUUAGCGCCUUUUCUUUUUAUUUCAAGAUUUUAUCUUUCAGUGCUUUACCAUUAUACAUUGUUUUGGCUUCUCUUUUGCUGAACACCCCCAUGUUUUGAAUUUAAACUGUAAUUAUCCUCGGCCUACUUCUUUGAAUGGUAAUUUACAUUUGUUUCCGUUUUGAAGGAACAUUUUGUCUUUAUUACAGAAAGUUAAUUAAAAUGUUGAAGAAAGUU